GCGCCCACGUGACCUAACGGCGCCCACGUGACGGCGCGCGCGGCGGGCGAUGGCGGCGAGGUCGGGGGGCUUCCUGCUGCUGCUGCUGCUGCUGCUGGGGCUCGCGGCGCGCGGGCCCGCUGCCGCCGCUGCCGCCAAGAUGAAGGUGGUGGAGGAGCCCAACUCGUUCGGGCUCAACAACCCGUUCCUGCCCCAGACCAGUCGCCUCCAGCCCAAGAGGGAUCCUUCCCCGCUGUCUGGGCCCGCGCACCUCUUCAGGCUCUCCGGCAAGUGCUUCAGCCUGGUGGAGUCCACGUACAAGUACGAGCUGUGCCCCUUCCACAACGUGACGCAACACGAGCAGACCUUCCGCUGGAACGCUUACAGCGGGAUCCUGGGCAUCUGGCACGAGUGGGAGAUCUCUAACAACACCUUCAGGGGCAUGUGGAUGAGGGACGGCGACUCCUGCCGCUCCCGGAGCCGGCAGAGCAAGGUGGAGCUUACCUGUGGGAAAAGCAACCGCCUGGCACACGUGUCUGAGCCCAGCACCUGCGUCUACGCGCUGACCUUCGAGACGCCUCUGGUCUGCCACCCGCACUCCCUGUUAGUGUACCCGGCCCUGCCAGCGGCCCUGCAGCACAGGUGGGACCAGGUGGAACAGGACCUGGCUGACGAGCUGAUCACGUCCCAGGGCUACGAGAAGUUGCUCAGGGCGCUCUUUGAGGAGGCCGGCUACUUGAAGACCCCGGAGGACAGUGACUCCGUGCGGGAAGGAGGUGCCAAGGCCCUGGCGUUCCAGACCCUGGAGAACUGCAGUGAGGCACACAGGGAGCUGUGGAAGGAGGUCAGGAGACUCCGGAGCGUGCUGACACAGCAUGGCAUCCCCUACGCGCAGGCCGCAGAAACGCCCCCCUCUGAGCACGGGGGCCCCAGGACACCCACAGACCGGACAGCGGAACAGCUCCGAGGCGACCCGGGACCACGAGGGAACACCUUGUGACCUGAGACAGGCCUCGGGGGCGGAGCCAGGCUGGCGGGGUGGGGUGGGGGGGGCUUCCUCUGCCUUCAGGGCCGGCCAGCCAUCAGCAUCGGCUCAAAGAGGCAGACAGAAUAAAGAUUCAAAGUUUUAAUUAAUUUCCAUACUGAUAAAAAUAAUUCCAUGAAUUCUGUAAACCAUUGCAUAAAUGCUAUAGUGUAAAAAAAUUUAAACAAGUGUUAACUUGGAACGGUUCACUACAAGUAAAUGAUUAUGCUUUAUAAAUACUA